UUUUUUCCCAAACCCACCUAUUAAGUGAAAUUGCUAAAAUGUCCGUCAAACAAAUCACGCUAGUAAACAACUUGGCUGCGCCGCCCGCCAACACGCCCGCCGCCGCCGGUCUGCUCAAGCUGCUCGUCGCUGCGCACGCCAACAACGCCAGCGUCUCCACCUCGCAAGCACCCGCAACAACGCCCAAGUCCAAGCAGCCGUAUUGGAUCACGGUCAAUGACACAAUCCUCUACGACAUGAAUGCCGCCGUGCGCCUUCUUUACAACACCUACGGUUCCAGCGAUCGGGCGGCCGUUGAGCAGGUGCUUGAGUGGGAGGAGACGCAGGUGAGCCAGCUGCCGGUUGACAAGGAUGUGGAUCAGGUGCUGGCGCUGGCCGAGUCCAAGGUUGAUGCAUUUAGCCAGGGCGCUGCGGCCACCGUACUGCUUGGUGCCCUGUAUUAUGCACUGGCGAACGCCAAGGAGGCGGUUGUCGACAAGUACCCGAAACUGAAGGCGUGGUUUGCCAAGCAGAGCAGCGAGAAGGCCGUGAUUGCGGCCCUGCCGCAGUACAAUGAGAGCGUUGUCAAGGUGUUGGUGCGCGAGGAGCCCACGCUAGAGAACCGCAAUGUGAACACUGCCAUCGAGUUUGUGUUCGACAAGUCGCAGACUGUGCUGCCAAAGGAUGACCAGAAGAACGUUCUGAUCACAUCGGCGUUGCCGUACGUCAACAAUGUGCCCCACCUGGGCAACGUCAUCGGCUCGACGCUCUCCGCCGAUGUGUUUGCACGGUACUCGCGCGUUCGCGGCAACAACACGCUCUACAUCUGCGGCACUGACGAAUACGGCACAGCGACCGAGACCAAGGCCCUGGAGGAGGGCGUGUCCUGCCAGGAGCUGUGCGACAAGUACCAUCGCCUCUGCACGCCUGAGGUGUACAAGUGGUUCGACCUGUCGUUCAACCACUUUGGCCGCACGUCGACGCCGAAGCAGACCGAGAUUGUGCAGGACAUUUUCCUGAAGGCGCACAAGAACGGGUACAUUAUCGAGAACGAGAUGACGCAGCUCGGCUUCCUGGCUGACCGGUACGUCGAGGGCGUGUGCCCGUACUGCAGCUACGAGGACGCCCGUGGCGACCAGUGCGACAAGUGCGGCAAGCUGAUCAAUGCCGUGGAUCUGAUUGAGCCGCGCUGCAAGCUCGACAGCAACCGCCCCGUCAAGCUGCAGCCGCAGUGCGAAGAGUUUGUGCGCAAGUCGUCCGAGGCCGGCCAGUGGUCGCAGAACGGCGUGACCAUCACCAACACCUGGCUUAAGGAGGGUCUGAAGCCGCGCUGCAUCACCCGCGAUCUCAAGUGGGGUGUGCCGGUCCCGCUCGAGGGCUUUGACAGCAAGGUGUUCUACGUGUGGUUCGAUGCCUGCGUCGGAUAUCCGUCGAUCACCGCCAACUACACCGACGACUGGGAGAAGUGGUGGAAGAACCCCGACAACGUCAAGCUAUACCAGUUCAUGGGCAAGGACAACGUUCCGUUCCACACUGUCGUGUUCCCGAGCUCGGAGAUUGCCUCGGGCGACAACUGGACAUUCCUGCACCACAUCUCGACCUGCGAGUACCUCAACUACGAGACCGGCAAGUUCUCCAAGUCGCGCGGCGUCGGCGUUUUCGGCAACAACGCCCAGGAGACCGGCGUCCCGGCCGACGUUUGGCGCUACUUCCUGCUGGCCAACCGUCCUGAGACCGCUGAUACCAUCUUCACGUGGACCGACUUUGUCGCCCGCAACAACAACGAGCUGCUGGCCAACAUUGGCAACUUUGUCAACCGUGUCAUCAAGUUCCUUGAUGCCAACACCAAGUACGCCGGCGUGCUCCCCCAGGCCGAUCCCCUCAUUGAUGAUUACAUCGAGCAGAUGGACGGCGUGCAUCUGCGCUCGGGUCUGCGGACCGCCAUGGAGAUCUCGGCCCGCGGAAACCAGUACCUGCAGGAGUCCAAGAUGGACAACUCGCUGUUUGCCGACCACCGCGCCCAGUGCGACACCGUGCUGGCUGUGGCCACGAACCUGAUCUACCUGCUCAGCGUCGUGUUCCACCCGUUCAUGCCUGCCACUGCGGCCAGCAUUGCCCGCCAGCUCAACGCCCCCGAGCGCCUGCUGACGGAGACCUUUGAGCUUGAGCUCAAGCCCGGACACUGUCAUUGGCAAGGCCGAGUAUCUAAGAAGAUCGAGUCCUGGCGCACAAAGUACGGCGGCAAGCAGGGCGAGGAGAAGCAGGUCAGCAAGAGACAGGCCAAGAAGGCCGCCAAGGAAGCUGCUGCCAAGAAGGAGGCCACCAAGGCAUAAACCUCAGUGAAUUCUUACAAUUUGAAAUUUUGACCAUAAACGCAUUCGAAUAUC